AUGAGAGUCAGAAAGAAGCAAUCGAAAAGAACAUCCACUCGUAUGAGAGAGGGUAUCAAGAAGAAGGCCGCUGCCCAACACAGAAAGGAGCGUAAGCAGGCCAAGAAAGACAUCACCUGGAAGUCAAACAAGACCAAGGACCCAGGUAUCCCAGCUAACUUCCCAUACAAGAACAAAAUCCUCGAAGAACUUGAAGAGAAGAGAAGAAGGGACCUCGAGGAAAAGCAACGUAAGAGACAAGAGAGAUUGGAGGCCAAGAGAAGAGCCAAGGAACUUGGUGAGGAGUACAUGGGCGAUGAAGACUCGAUGGAUGAAGACGAUCUAGAUGACGGAAACAACGGUCUAUCCGCUUUGCUCGAAUCUGCUCAACAGGCUGCUCAAGAGUUCAACGGCGAAACUUCCAACGCACAACAACAACAAGAAGAAGACAUCGAAGUGCAAGAGUACGACGUAGACUUCUAUGAGGACGCUUCUGAAAACGAUUCUGAGUUGGAAAAGUCCAGAAAGGCCUACGAUAAGAUCUUCAAGACCGUGGUCGAUGCCUCAGACGUUAUCUUGUACGUCUUGGACGCCAGAGAUCCAGAAGGUACCAGAUCCAGAAAGGUUGAACAAGCCGUCUUGCAAGCACAAGGUAAGAGACUCAUUUUGAUCUUGAACAAGAUCGAUUUGGUUCCAACUUACGUGCUACAACAGUGGCUAACAUACUUGAAGUCGUCGUUCCCAACUAUUCCAUUGAGAGCAGCACCAGGUGCCACCAACGCAACCUCUUUCAACAAGACAUUGACGCAAGCCGCUACAGCCUCAAGCUUGCUAGAAGCCCUAAAGACCUACUCCAACAACUCUAACUUGAAGAGAUCCAUCGUGGUGGGUGUUAUCGGGUACCCAAACGUCGGUAAGUCUUCCGUUAUCAACGCUUUGACUUCCCGUCGUGGUGGCUCUAACAAGGCUUGCCCCGUCGGUAACCAAGCAGGUGUGACCACCUCUUUGAGAGAAGUUAAGGUCGACAACAAGCUAAAAAUCUUGGACUCCCCAGGUAUCUGUUUCCCAUCCGAAAGCAAGAAGAUGAGCCGAGUCGAACAAGAGGCAGAACUUGCAUUGUUGAACGCACUACCUCCAAAGUACAUCAUAGAUCCAUACCCAGCAGUCUUGAAAUUGGUCAAGAGACUUUCGAAAUCCGAAGAGAUGACCGAAAACUUCAAGAAACUAUACGAGCUUCCUCCAAUUCCAGCUGCUGACGCUGAUUCCUUUACCAAACAGUUCCUAAUUCACAUCGCUCGUAAGAGAGGUAGAUUAGGCAGAGGUGGUGUUCCAAACUUGGCAAGUGCUGGUAUUUCUGUGCUAAAUGACUGGAGAGACGGUAAGAUUAUGGGUUGGGUGCUACCUAACUCCUCUAAGUUCACUGCUGAGGCUGCUGCUGCUGCCGCCUCAGGUGCUACUCCAACUCUAGGCACCGGAGCAACUGCUGCUCCAGCCAAGGUUGAACAAACUGCCAUUGUCCAAGAAUGGUCAAAGGAGUUCGAUUUGGAUGGCCUAUUCCAGUCUUUGGAUAACGCUAUUCAAGCUGAACAAAACCAAUCUGCUGAUGCAUAA